AAUCUAGUGCAAUUUGUAAACAAUAAACUCCUGGCAAUUCAGUGGGAAAACUACACUCUACGAGACUUACCAUGGAAGCUCUGACUACGAGCUCUUCCGAUGGAUCAUUGGCGAGCAGAAGCAGAGUUUCUACUACGAAAAUUUCAGUAAAGGAAUCACCGGGAUACCGUGAAAAUGACUUCACGGAGUUCACAGAUGAGCAAUUGGGGCUCAUUGAAGAGACUCUGAAUUUGAUACUGUGGGAAAAGUUUGGAUGUGUAUUGGAAGAUGAAGAACUCCCAGCAAAUGUUCUCCCGGAAACCCGAAUCACCAACGGUGAAUCAGUACAGAAUGUCAAGAUUACUCGGAAGUCUCAGGAGAAUGAGCAGGAGAAAGUUCAAAAUAUUAUCCUGGACGUUACUGAAAUUCAAGACAAGAUAAUCAGAUGCUUGUGUGACGUCCAGAGUCACAUCCAAAGGUGUGUCCGCUUUGAUGAAGAUGAGGAAAUUGAUGCCCAGCGGAGGAGAAGACGUUUCGAGGAGUUCUCCACUCGCCUCUCUCGGAAUUACUUAUACCGAGUGUCCUGCCUGACUGCUGACAUCUCCUCCACGAGAUCUCGGAAGCUCAUGGACAAAACCAAUAAGUUAUUUACUGCAAUUCUCCGUGCUUUUCGCUUCUACUGCAGCAACAUGACAAACUAUUCGAAUGAAAUGCAACAGAAGAAGCUCAUGGAAAUGUGCCAGGUAGUUUUGGAUGGCAUCAAUACCUGCCUGAGAAUGCGAAUCUUCGACAGGAAUGACGAAAUGAUCAAGGAAAUCAGUGAUAUGUGCAUGGACUUGAUAAGAGAGAGUAAGAAAUUCUGUGAUGUGACAAAGAAACCCUUGAUGAAGGUGUCCAAACCAAAUUCCACCAAGAAGAAGAAGACGUCAGCUCUACAGGAUUCCCUGUCUAUGUAUCUGCCGCAGAGGAAGACAUCUGCGAGAGCGUCUUAUCGCACUCCCAGCCAGUCUCUUAGAUUGAAUCUCCAGACUCCUCUUGUGCCACAGCGAAUAUAGACGGAGAGGAGGCUAAAAUUAAAGACACGGCACGCUCACCAAGGUUCCCUCCAACCGACAAAUUAUUUCAUUGAAGAGACGCUGCGGGAAAUACGAGUGGUUUUCACCUCCAAAAGUUUUUCACAUAAUUAUGCCCGCGCUCUGCGUUAUGCAAUUGGAACUUGUUCUGGCCGAUAAUACGAUUG